AUGGCUGCAUUGGUCGGCAAUUUCGCAGCAAACAUCGAUGGUGCCACGAUGGACGGCGGUGGCACUGCGCUUCAGCGUAUGAUGAGCCACACCGGGCCCACCAACACGGACGGCGACAAUGACGAAGAGGAGGUGUUUACUCCGAUCGAGGAGCGCCACGAGCAAAUCACCAAGCUUGCUCGCCAGAUCACUCGCCAGAGCACCCGUCCUGGUGGCCUCCACCGUGUCGCCACCAACGGCUCCGUUCUUGCUGAAGGCGACAUCUUCGACUACGAGGAGGGCUCCGACCUCGACCCCUUCUCGGAGAACUUUGACGUCCGCAAGUGGACCAAGCUCGUCGUUCGUCACCGGGACACUGCUCCCCGUACUUCUGGUCUUGCCUACUCCAACAUGGACGUCUUUGGUUACGGCUCCGAUGCCGACUACCAGAAGACUGUUGGCAACAUUGCCGUCUACGCCUACCAAACUCUGCGCGACAAGAUUACUGGUCGCAAGACCCGUGUCAACAUUCUCAACAGCAUCGACGGUGUUGUCGAUGCAGGCGAGAUGCUGGUCGUCCUCGGGCCCCCCGGUUCAGGCUGCACCACGCUCCUGAAGGCGAUUGCUGGCGAAAUGAAUGGCAUUUAUCUCGACGAGGGCUCCCAUCUUAAUUACCGCGGUAUCACUCCCAAGGAGAUGCACUCGCAGUUCCGUGGCGAGUCCAUCUACACCGCAGAGGUCGACGUCCACUUCCCCAAGCUCGUCGUUGGCGACACCCUUGCGUUCGCUGCUCGUGCUCGUGCGCCCAGGAACCCUCCUGCCGGCCUCACGCAGAAGAAGUAUGCCGAGCACAUGCGCGACGUUAUCAUGAGCAUCUUUGGCAUCUCGCACACCAUCAACACCAAGGUCGGCAACGACUUUAUCCGUGGUGUCUCGGGUGGUGAGCGCAAGCGUGUCUCGAUUGCAGAGGCCACCCUUGCGUCCGCUCCUCUCCAGUGCUGGGACAACUCGACCCGUGGUCUCGACUCGGCCAACGCCAUCGAGUUUGUCAGGAACCUCCGCCUCAGCGCCGAGCACUUUGGUACCAGCUCUUGCGUCGCCAUCUACCAGGCCCCACAGAGCGCGUACGACCUCUUUGACAAGGUCUGUGUCCUUUACGAGGGCGAGCAGAUUUACUUUGGCCGCUGCACAGAGGCCAAGGAGUUCUUUGUCAACAUGGGCUUCCACUGCCCCGAGCAGCAGACCACCCCCGACUUCCUCACCUCCCUUACUUCCCCCAGCGAGCGUACUGCUCGUGAUGGCUUUGAGCACCAGGUGCCCCAAACGCCCAAGGAGUUUUCCGCUCGCUGGCGCGCGAGCCCCGAGUAUGCUGCCCUCAAGGGCGAGAUUGCCGCGUUCAACGCCAAGUACCCCACUGGCGGCCAGCAUUACGACGAGUUCCUUGCCUCGCGUCGUGCUCAGCAGUCCAAGCACAUCCGCCCCGGCUCGCCCUACACCCUUUCGUACGCUGGCCAGGUCAAGCUCUGUCUUGACCGUGGUUUCCAGCGUCUCAAGGCGGACCCGUCGCUCACCCUCUCGCAACUCUUCGGUAACUCAAUCAUGGCCCUCAUCAUCGCGUCCAUCUUCUACAACCUGCAGCCCACCACCGCCUCGUUCUACUCUCGUGGUGGUCUUCUCUUCUUCGCCAUCCUCAUGAACGCCUUUGGUUCGGCCCUCGAAAUUCUUACCCUCUAUGCUCAGCGUCCCAUCGUCGAAAAACAUGCGCAAUACGCCUUCUACCACCCUUCAGCUGAAGCCUUUGCGUCCAUGCUUUGCGACAUGCCCUACAAGAUUUGCAACGCCAUUCUCUUCAACUUGAUCAUCUACUUCAUGACCAACCUGCGUCGUGAACCUGGGCCCUUCUUCUUCUUCUUCUUCGUAUCGUUCAUCCUCACUCUUACAAUGUCGAUGAUGUUCCGUUCUAUCGCAUCGCUCUCACGCUCCCUCACUCAAGCCCUCGCCCCGGCCGCCGUUCUCAUUCUUGCGCUGGUUAUCUACACCGGUUUCGCCCUCCCCAUCUCGUACAUGCACGGCUGGGCCAGGUGGAUCAACUACCUCGACCCGAUCGCCUACGGCUUCGAAUCGCUCAUGAUCAAUGAGUUCCACAACCGCCAGUUCGCGUGUGCGACCUUUGUCCCGUCGGGUGGCAACUACCCUACUUCUGGCCUCGAGGUGGCCUGUUCGGCUGUCGGCUCUGUUGCUGGUGCUACCACCGUCGACGGCGACGCGUACCUUCUCGCCGCGUACAACUACCAACACGCGCACAAGUGGCGCAACGUCGGCAUCAUUUUCGCCUUUAUGAUCUUCCUGGCAUGUGUCUAUCUCGGCGCCACCGAGUACAUUACCGCCCAGCGCUCCAAGGGUGAGGUUCUUGUCUUCCCCCGCGGCAAGAUCCCCGCCGCGCUCAAGGCCCAAAACACCGACGAGGAGACCCUCGAUGUCAAGGAGGCCGCUCUCAUGAGGCGCCAAACGACCCUUGAUGCUGCCGACGGCCUCAUUCAGCGCCAGACUGCUGUCUUCUCCUGGAAGGAUGUCUGCUACGACAUCAAGAUUAAGGGCGAGCCUCGUCGUAUUCUUGACCACGUCGACGGCUGGGUCAAGCCCGGUACCCUCACCGCCCUGAUGGGUGUCUCCGGUGCGGGCAAGACUACCCUCCUCGAUGUCCUGGCUACUCGUGUCACAAUGGGUGUUGUUACCGGUCAAAUGCUUGUCGACGGCCGUCCCCGCGAUGUUUCGUUCCAGCGCAAGACUGGUUAUGUCCAGCAGCAGGACCUGCACCUUCAGACCUCGACCGUCCGUGAGGCCCUCCGUUUCUCUGCCAUCCUCCGUCAACCCAAGUCCGUUCCCCGCGCCGAAAAGUACCAGUAUGUCGAGGACGUCCUCAAGCUCCUCGAGAUGGACGGCUACGCCGACGCCGUUGUCGGUGUUCCCGGCGAGGGCCUCAACGUCGAACAGCGCAAGCGUCUUACCAUCGGUGUCGAACUCGUCGCCAAGCCCGAGCUUCUUCUCUUCCUCGACGAGCCUACCUCGGGACUUGACUCGCAGACCUCGUGGAACAUUCUUCAGCUCCUCCAGAAGCUUACUGCCAACGGCCAGGCCAUUCUCUGCACCAUUCACCAGCCCUCUGCCAUGCUCUUUGAGCAGUUCGACCGUCUUCUCUUCCUUGCCAAGGGUGGCAGGACUGUCUACUACGGUCAGGUCGGUCACCAGUCCAACAUUCUCAUCGACUACUUUGUCCGCAACGGUGCUCCUCCUUGCCCCGCUGGCGAAAACCCCGCCGAGUGGAUGCUUUCUGCCAUUGGUGCUGCCCCUGGCUCCCACACCGACGUCGACUGGCACCAGGCUUGGCUUGACUCGCCCGAGCGUGUUGCCGUCCGUGAAGAGCUCGAGGUCAUCAAGCACGAGCGCCGCGCCCUCGUCCCCAAGGCUGACCCCAAGGCCGACAAGGCCGCCUACUCUGAGUUUGCCGCAUCCAUCGGUGUUCAAAUGUACGAGGUCCUCCGCCGCGUCUUCCAGCAGUACUGGCGCACGCCCAGCUACAUCAUGUCCAAGCUCCUGCUCUGUAUCUCGUGUGCUCUCUUCAUCGGCUUCUCGUUCUUCAAGGCCGACACCUCUCAACAAGGCCUCCAGAACCAGCUCUUCUCCGUCUUCAUGGCAUUCACCAUUUUCGGCCAGAUCGUCCAGCAAAUCAUGCCCAACUUUGUCAUCCAGCGUUCGCUGUACGAAGUUCGUGAGCGCCCGUCCAAGACGUACUCGUGGAAGAUCUUCAUCCUGUCGAACAUUUUCGUCGAGGUCCCCUGGUCGAUUCUGGCUGCCACCCUCUUCUUCUUCUGCUGGUACUACCCCAUCGGCUACUACCGCAACGCCCAGCUCACCGACGCGGUCGACUCUCGUGGUGCCCUCAUCUGGCUCUUCAUGAUCGUCUUCUUCCUGUUCACAUCGACUUUCGCUACCAUGAUGGUCGCUGGUAUCGAGCUCGCCGAAACCGCUGGUAACCUCGCCAACCUGCUCUUCUCGCUGUGCCUCGUCUUCUGCGGUACCCUCGUCCCCCUCCAGUCGCUACCUGGCUUCUGGCAUUUCAUGAACCGUGUGUCACCCUUCACCUAUCUUGUGGAGGGUCUGCUUGGUGUCGCGACAGCUCACGCCAACGUCGUUUGCUCUGCCACUGAGCUUGUCCAAUUUUACCCCCCCUCUGGCGCCACUUGCGGUGAAUACAUGGCCCCCUACAUUGCCCUUGCCGGCGGUUACCUCACCGACGCCAAUGCCACGUCCGAGUGUAACUUCUGCGCCAUGAGCAGUACCGACACCUUCCUCGCCGCGUUCAACAUCUACUUUAGCAACCGUUGGCGUGACUUCGGCCUGCUGUGGGUCUACGUCAUCUUCAACAUCUUUGGCGCCAUCUUCCUCUACUGGCUCGCCCGUGUUCCCAAGAACAACAAGAAGGAGGAGGACGAGGAUGGACUCCAGCGCUCGACCACCACUCAGACCAACAUCACCCGCCAGCUCACCGGCGUCGAGCGCACGCGCACCAAUGUGUCGCAGAAGGUCCCCCAGCCUGAGCCCGUCUUCAACUCUGCGGAGAAGGAGAGGGUUGACGGUUCGCCAUUGGGCUCCAGCGCUCCCCUCACACACUCUGAUUCGACUCGCGUCCCCAGCCUCGAGUCGGCAAAGUAG